AUGACUGUCUUUAAUUUUGUAAAUAAGAAAGUGAAUGAAAAUCCAUUAGAUAAUAAUAAAGUUAAUGAGAAGAAAGAAAGUCAAACAAAUGAUAGCAAUGAAAAUAAAAAAUUUGAUAAAAAUACUUCUACAACAGAAGAUUCAGUAGAUAAUGAAAAUUGGGGUUAUGAUAUGUACCCUGAAAGAAGGGGUACAUAUAAACCAACAUUUUUAAAAAAAUUAUUCGGUGAAGGAAGGGAAGAAGUUGACAGAUUGAAAUGUGAAGGAAAAGUAUACAAGUGUUUGAAAACUAGUCCAUUAAUAAAACUUAUGACGGCAGCAUUAAAAAGUUCUGGAUGUGAAAUUGAUAUUCGUCGUCAUAUUUCUUGUGAAGUAUGUGAUAGUUCUGUAACCGGUGGCUAUGAUGCAGAACUUAAUCAGAUCGUUAUAUGUCAAAAUACUGCUCGAAGUAAAUCAAAAAUACAGAGUGUAUUAGCUCACGAAAUGAUACAUAUGUUUGACUAUUGUCGCAACAAAGUGGACUUUGGGAACAUUGAUCAUUUAGCUUGCACUGAAGUAAGAGCAGCUAAUCUCUUGCAUUGUAGUUUUAUGAGUGCCAUGAUUCAAGGAAGUGCGUCUCCAUUUCAUAUAAAACAAGCUCAUCAAGACUGCGUAAAGAGCUUGGCAAAAGCAUCUCUAAUGGCAGUGAAAAAUAUAACAGAAGAAGAAGCUAAAAUGGCAAUCGAAAAAAUUUUUCCUAUGUGUUACAAUGACUUAGAACCAAUUGGACGACGUAUUCGUAGAAACUCUUUAGAUAUUAAUAGAGCAUAUAUGGAGGCUCCACUUUAUGGAUAUUUGCAUGAUGAUAAUAAAUGAUCUAUCAAGAAUUCAUUUUACAAAUAUACGAAAUCAAUUUAUUGGCUGCCGUAGGUUCUUCACUAUAAUUUUUACAAAGUUGAUUAAUGAUAUUGUAAAUAAUUAUAUUGACAUUAUAUGGUUAUUAUUACCGCA